CUUGACCAGGUGCCUGGGAGAAGGGUGUAACUUCCCACUGCAGCAGAUUAAACCGUUCUUUGCCAAUCUGAGAGUUGGAUAAAAGGCUUUUGUGAUUAGUUGAUCUUAAGUACAUAACACAGGACUGGGCUGCAGGGUUAUCGCAAACUAUUCCCUCAGCUUCAGCCCCCAAUAGAAUGGGAAUAACAGUACUGGCCGACAUGGCACAGUUGUUGUAUACCACUCAUUUACUAACAAUGUAAAAUGGGUAUUUCAGACCAAACAGGAAGCUGUAAGAGACUCGUGUCGCUCUAUAGUUUUUUGGUCUCUAUAAGGAUAUACGGUUCUUGGGGCGGGAAUAGUAUACCUGUUUGACUGGGUUUCACCUGAGCAUUGACUAGAGAUGCACGAUUGACAGAGCAGACUCGGUUCUUCUCGCUCCGUUUCGCCAGGGAUCUCGCGAUGCUUUCCUGCGAUCCGAGCGCGCUGGGAUGCUUGGUAGGGGUAAAGUGCUUUCUACUGAAUGAAAUGCCCUCCCUUGUCCUUAACAUGGCUGCAACCAUAUCUACUCAGAACGUUGGAGUCUUCUUUGACAGCCUAUCACUAUGAAUAUGCAGAUCUUUAUAGUGGCUGGUCUCCUGGUACAUUGUGUGUUCCUGAUCUCAAUUUUUGACAUUUACUUCACCUCUCCUCUGGUCCAUGGCAUGACUCCCCAUCAUACACCCCUGCCACCACCUGCACAGCGCUUAGUACUUUUUGUUGCCGAUGGUCUGCGUGCGGAUUCGCUUUAUGAAGUGGAUGACAAUGGCACUUCCAAUGCUCCUUACCUUAGGAAUAUCAUAAUAUCCAAAGGCAGUUGGGGAGUAUCUCACACUCGUGUCCCGACAGAAUCUAGACCUGGGCAUGUAGCUCUCAUAGCUGGAUUUUAUGAAGAUGUCAGUGCUGUUGCUAGAGGAUGGAAAGAAAACCCAGUGGAAUUUGAUUCCAUUUUCAAUGAAAGUAAAUACACUUGGAGCUGGGGAAGUCCAGAUAUUCUGCCUAUGUUUGCUAAAGGUGCUUCUGGGGAUCACGUUUACACUCAUUGUUAUAAAGCUGAAAGGGAAGACUUUGGAGCAGAAGAUGCCACUGCGCUUGACACUUGGGUUUUUGAUCAUGUUAAGGAUUUUUUCAGCUCUGCUAAAAACAAUGGAACAUUGUUUUCUAAACUGCACGAGCAGAAAAUUGUUUUCUUCCUGCACUUAUUAGGGAUAGACACAAAUGGGCAUGCUCAUCGACCGCAUUCAAGGGAAUACAAGAACAAUAUUAGGCAAGUUGAUAAAGGGGUAAGAAAAAUUGUUUCACUGGUCGAGGAUUUUUAUGGAAACGAUGGCAGCACAGCUUUUAUCUUGACUUCUGACCAUGGAAUGACAGAUUGGGGGACUCAUGGGGCCAGUCAUCCAUCAGAGACUUUAACACCACUAGUGGCUUGGGGAGCAGGCAUCAAGUAUCCACAGAGAGUCACCUCUCAACAAUAUGAAGACACAUUUUUAAAAGAGUGGAAACUGGAGACCUUAAAGCGGCAAGACGUCAACCAGGCUGAUAUAGCACCACUGAUGGCUUCUCUUAUUGGAGUCCCUUUCCCCCUGAACUCUGUGGGGAUUCUACCUCUGGAGUACCUGAACAAUACUGCUCAUUUUAAAGCAGAGAGCAUGAUUACGAAUGCUGUUCAGAUUCUUGAACAAUUUAAGGUUAAGAUGGCUCAGAAGAAGAAAACCACAUUAUCAUUCCUGUUUUCACCAUUCAAGCCUCUCUCUGGUUCAGAACAGAUUGACAUUCUUAGAAAAGCAAGGGCUUCUAUUCAUAAUGAGAAAUAUGGGGAAGCGGUAUCUCUUUGCAGCAAGCUGAUUAGCCUUGCUUUGGAAGGGCUCUCAUAUUAUCAUACGUACGAUAGGUUUUUCCUAGGCUUAAGUGUCACCAUGGGUUUUGUGGGCUGGACAUUUUAUGUAAUUCUGAUCAUUUUAAAGGCGCAUACUAAUCUGACGAGGAGCAUCGCAAAGAAUGAGGUAGCUGGCAGUCUUUUCCAGUAUACAUUUCUCGCUGUAGGAGUAUUAAUAGCCAUUUUUCUGCUCGUUCAAAGCUUGCCUUGGACUUACUACAUAUACUGUCUAUUACCAGUCCCAAUAUGGUAUGCAGUAUUGAAACAAUACCCUGUUAUUCAAGGACUGGCCACAUCUCUCUUGAACUUUCAGCCAGCUCAAUUUGCUGGUAUCUUACUAGUUUGCAUCUUGGGGAUUGAAAUAUUAGUUUUUUCUUUUUUCUAUCGCUCCACCCUCAGCUUUGGCCUGAUUGCCUUUUCCGCAUGGCCACUGGUCACUCAGCUGUGGAACCAAGCAAAGACAAUUGCGCUAAGCUGGAUUCUUUCAUGUUUGCUUCUGGCAGUCUUCCCCUUGAUGCCUGUUGUAGGAAGAGAGCCGAGUAUCUCUCUAGUAACAACAGCAGGCUUGCUGAUUCUGUUUAUGGCUUCAUCUUACCUGGUAGCAUGUCUCUGGAAAUGCAAAAAGAAAUGCAUGCAUCAUAAAGGUCUCAGAAUAUAUCUCUUUCAGUUGCUGAGUCUGGCAUUAUCCACUUACGUUGUGAAGAGUACUCACAGCAGUCUUCACAGCAAACAAGGAUUACCUGUAAUAAAUCAAAUUAUUAGCUGGACAACAUUAGCUUCGUCCUUGAUAGUGCCACUACUAAGUCCCACAUUUCUCUUCCUGCGGCUGCUGAGCAUAUUUCUUUCUUUGACGUCAACAUACCUUCUGCUUAGUACAGGAUAUGAAGCACUCUUCCUACUGGCAUUGGCUAUGCUAAUGUUUGUGUGGAUAAAUAUGGAACAAGAAGCAAUACAACGUUAUGGAGUUUCACUUAAGCCAAAGCUUGCUGCUCUCAGCUUUUCGUACACUGCUGAUCUAACACAGUUUCGACAACUCCAUGUGGAUGAUAUCAGAAGAUCUUUUUUCUAUGUUUUCUUCAUAGUGACAGCUUUUUUUGGUACUGGAAACAUAGCUUCUGUUAAUAGCUUUGAUCCAACUUCAGUCUAUUGCUUCUUGACGGUGUUCAGCCCUUUCCUGAUGGGAGCCUUGCUGUUGUGGAAGAUUGCCAUCCCUUUUGUUCUUGUGUCAUGUGCUUUUGAAGCUGUUCAAGUCACAACCCAGCUAUCAUCAAAAAGGCUUUUCCUCAUUGUUCUUGUGAUUUCAGACAUUAUGGCUUUGCACUUCUUCUUUCUGGUUAAAGAUUAUGGAAGCUGGCUGGAUAUUGGAACAAGUAUUAGCCAUUACGUUCUUGUGAUGUCCUUCACUAUCUUCCUGAUGCUCUUAAGUGGAGUGGCCCAGCUGCUCACUACAAAGAGACUAGAGCUUUGGGAAGAAACAAAGCACCAUUCAUUGUGACAAAUGAUUUGAGAUGUCCAUAUUGUUGGAGUCUUCAACCUUCCUAGGGGACAGAUAGAGUUAUGCGAUUGGCUGCCAGAAACUCCUAAAGAACUCGAUGCUACAGAAAACACCUUGACCCCCUUUCUCUUUGGAAUUGUAUCUUGCAUUCUUUUUUUAGAGAAAGGAACAUAGCUAUGAGCCUGUUGCCAAAAACUGAAUGAGUAUGUGACCUGUUUCAGUGUCGAAGAUGAGUGCCGUGCUUGAUUUCCCAGUGAGAGUCAAAUGGGUGACAAGGGAAGAAAUUAGCUCUGUGACUUUGCCCAAAAGGCACAUAAAAACUGUUCCAAGGCCUGCAGAUGAUAGGAAAGGAGAGAAUCUUGUCCAUUGUCCUUCCAAAUCAAAGUCCACUUCUGGACCAAAUAAUGGACUGAAAUGCGAAGAGAUCAACAUGAUGUGAAAUUUAUUGCUGCCUAUUUCUCACGUAGAGGUUAUAAGAUCAAGUUAAGAGACUUGUGUAUAAUGGGAUAAGACUAAAAACUUGAAUUUUUCUACUUUAAAAAGUGUGUGUGUGAGAGAGAUGGAUUCAUUCUUGUUUUAAAAGAAAAUGCUGCAAGUUACUUUUUACACGAUUAAUUUUAAUUUUAUAUGAUACACUUGAAAAACUGGCUCUCACCUCAAAAUGAAGCUGGGGGGAAAAGAAAAGAAAAGAAAAGCACCCCACUGAGAUUUUAUUUGUCAUAAUCUCACAACAGCCGUGUGAGUCAAUUUAGGCUGAAGGACAGUGACUUGCCCAUGGGCCACCUCAAGGAGCUGCAGAUCUGAGCAGAGACUGAAAUCCAGAUCCCCCUUCCUUCAAUUUCUAUUCAUUACACUGAAACAACAUGUUCUGUCUAAGCAGAACUGGCAAGCUGUUUAAAGCUACAGAGAAUGAAAAGCUUGUAUUUGGAAUCCCCUGUCACUUGGUAACGAAACUUACGAAGUGGAAUCAUAUACUGGAAUUCCCAAUGCUGGCAGGCUGGGAAAUGGCAUUUGUUUUGCACCCAAUGUCUUUAUGGGUGGCUGCUCAGUUAACUCUUUGCCUUCAGCUUCUAUACAAAGCAUCAGUUGGACAAUAGCAAAAUUCCUUUACUGCAACUUAACUUGUUCCUCUUUUAGUGCAGGUUUAAUGGGCUCCUAACAGUGUGAUCCUAUACAUGUCUAUUCAGAAGUCACAUUGAGUUCAAUGGGGCUUACUCCCAGGGAAGUGGGUAUUGCAGUCACAGUCUUAGAACACACCUGUAUCUGGUCUUCUUGUUUUCUGUGUCUAUGCCUGUUAACUUAUGCUUAGAUGAAUGAGUUGGGGGGUUGUUAGGAACAUAGGAAGCUGACAUACUGAGUCAGACCAUUGGUCCUUCUAGCUCAGUAUUGCCUACACUGACUGGCAAUGGCUCUCCAGGGUUUAAGACAGGGGUCUGUCCCAACCCUACCUUGAAAGCCAAGGAUUAAACCUGCGAUCUUCUGCAUUUAAGGCAGAUGCUUUACCACUGAGCUAUGGUCCUUCCCCCGGUUAUUAUUUAAUUAAUUUAUAUACUGCUUAAUGCCAAAAUAGGAUUCUAAGCAGUUUACAAAGUACACAUUAAAAUAUAAAUAUCCAUAAUUAAAAUAUACAAUAAAACAAUCCCAUUAAAAUAACACAGCAAUUAAAACAAUCAGGAGACCAGAGUCAAGGGAUCAAGGGAAGGCUUCUAUAAACAGGUAUUGUAUGAUUUCAGUCACCUUUCUGUGUUGGAUAUAUAAUACAGAUGGUAAUGAUCCUGGAAAAGCAAAUAUGAGUCACACUCUGCAGAUUGAAACCCACACUCAUUGGCAUCGCUGGGAGGCAUCAGUGUGACUGCUAUUUGGGCACUCUCUUGUGUGACCACCAGGUCUCAGCAAUUCUGUGCUAUAACUACAGCCUGCCAAUAAACUGCUGCGCCUUGUCACUUUUUAUUACAUGUUGUUAGGCAUUUGCUAAUAGGUUUACAUUUGGAGAAUGACAGCUACCCACUGAAACCAGCUUUUCAGCAUGGGAUGAAACGAUAUGGUAGAACAAUAAGCGAUUUGAUGCCAGUUUUAACCCACUUUUUACACAGAAUUUAUUUUAAAAAAAGACAAUGAGUAGAUAAUAAAGUUCCCAAUAUUGGUAUAGAAGUACUCUUGAAUAAUUUGAAAUAUACUAACAGAAAAUAAACAUACCAUCAUUUUUGUUAAAUAGAAUGAAAAAUGCUCUGGUAACUUCCAGAUUGGAUUUUUGCAAUGUGUUCUACGUGGACUGUCCAUGAAGACAACUCAGAAAUUUCAAUUGGUCCAAAGGGCAGCAGCCAGAUUACUGGCUGGAGUUCCAUUUAGAUCUCCUAUAACCCCUGGUUUGGUUACCAGUUCAUUUCUGGACCUGAUUUAAGGAGCUUAUGUUCAUAUUUAAAGCCCUAAUUGAUUUAGGCCCCAAAUAUCUAAAAGACCGCCUCCUUUCCUACAGACCCUGUAGGGUGGUAAGAUCAGCAGAAGGCCUUCUUGGUAGUUCUGCUGCCCUCAGAAGCUGGGGAGGGGAAGGUGGCCUGGGAGAAGGCAUUCUCUGUGACAGCCCCUAAGAUGUGCAACUCCCCACAGAGGUCUGGCCCCUUCAUUAUAUAGUUUUCAGCAAAUGCUGAAGAUGUGCCUCCUUUCCCUGGCCAAUUACACCUGAGAAGUAUAUUUGUAGGACCAGCCUUAUUUUUGUGGUUGUAAAUUGUUUAAAACUGUUUUUAACUUAUUUUAAAUUGUUGCAACCUGUCUUGAGACCUUAGGGUAAAGGAUGGGUAAUAUAUUGUUGUAAUUAUUAUUGUUGUUAUUAUUAGCUGCCAUUCUCUGGACUUGUCAUGAUAUCUGAAUGCAAAUGCAGCAAUAAUGCAAAUACAAAGAAGUAUGGGAUAUUGAAGUCUCACUUAAACAAGCACUCAGACUCCCUAGAAGACAAUGAACAAUAGGAAUUAAAAAGAUUUAAAAGGUUAUUUCCCCCCCCCUAAGUACUCAAAGCAGUUCAUAUAUAAUAGGCCCAUUUUAAAUGUUGCUUUUCACUCACAAUUGCAGCCAAAAAGGCAUUCACCAUGCAGGAAAACUACAUGGCAAGGAGUAAUGUUUUAAAAUCCUCUUUUAUUUAUGUAGUUUCAAUGUGUGGAGUGAUUGCACACCAGUAGCAGCUGCCCCCUAUAUAUCUCCCCCUUUUGGUUUUGAGGACCUCAAUACAGGCUGUGUUGCAGCUGCCAUUGUCAUCGGAGGCGAGGUAGACAACGAGGAGGAGGAGGCAUGGUUUGCUUACUCUGGGAAAAGGCUUGUUGGCAACAACGACAGGUGGUAAGUAAGGCUUCAACUGAUCUUCACAAAAGGGAAGGCCUUAUAUGCUGUGUUCAUGCCCAGGUUGAUAAACUGCAGCUCCCAGAAUUCAUAUCACCACCUUUCCCAGUUAACUUUCCUGCGCACCUUGUUUCAAUGAGAAUAAACAGUACCAGCAGAAUGCAUAGAAUCAUAGGAAGCUUUGUAUAGAGAUUGGCGCCUAAUAUUGUCUAUUCUGACUGGCAUUGGCUUUCCAAGGUCUCAGGUAGAGGUCUUUCCCAUCACUUUCUAUUUGAUCAUUUUGACUGGAGAUGCCAGGCUCUAGCAUUGAGUUACGAUUUGCAUGCUAUCUUCUCUCACCUUUGACACAGGGAAUGCGGGGCAACACAACACAUUGAGGAACCUAUAAGACUGUACUUGUCCACACCAGAUGCUGCCGGAAUGGGCUUCCAAAUGCAUAUCACCCUAGCUUGGUUGUGUUUUUAGCUUAAAUUUGGUUGUGUUGAUAUAUAUAUGUAUUGUUUUUAUUUCUGUUGUACGUCGCCUAGAGUGUCCCUAACCCGGACAGAUAGGCGACUGAAAAAUAAAAUUUUAUUAUUAUUA